GAGAGCUGCGACCACAGAGGAGACCUGUCAGCUGCUCUUCAUCAGCUGCUCCUCUUCAUCAUCCUCUUCAUCAGCUGCUCCUCUUCAUCAUCCUCUUCAUCAGCGGCUCCUCUUCAUCAGCGGCUCCUCUUCAUCAGCUCUUCACUCCUCACAGCCCAUUCAAGAUGCCUGGAUCAUCUCAGACCAGUUGCCUGGGACCAUGGCCCAAGGACGUGGGCAUCAUCUCCAUGGAGCUGUACUUCCCGUCCCAGUACGUGGACCAGACGGAGCUGGAGCAGCACGACGGCGUGGCAGCCGGCAAAUACACCAUCGGCCUGGGCCAAGCUCGCAUGGGCUUCUGCUCGGACUGCGAGGACAUCAACUCCUUGUGUCUGACGGUGGUCCAGAGGCUGAUGGAGAGGAACGGCCUGUCCUACGACAGCGUGGGUCGGCUGGAGGUCGGCACAGAGACCAUCAUCGACAAGUCCAAGUCCGUGAAGACGGCCCUCAUGCAGCUGUUCGAGGACUCGGGCAACACCGACGUGGAGGGCAUCGACACCACCAACGCCUGCUACGGCGGCACGGCGGCGCUCUUCAACGCCGUCAACUGGGUGGAGUCCAGCUCAUGGGACGGCCGUUAUGCUUUGGUGGUAGCAGGGGACAUCGCAGUCUACGCAACAGGAAGUGCACGGCCCACAGGGGGCGCUGGUGCAGUGGCCAUGCUGGUGGGACCGGACGCACCUCUGGCCUGUGAACGAGGUCUGCGAGGAACUCACAUGCAGCACGCGUAUGACUUCUACAAGCCGGACCUGAUGUCGGAGUACCCUGUGGUGGACGGCAAGCUGUCCAUCGAGUGCUACCUGGGGGCCUUGGACCGCUGCUACUCAGUGUAUCGCAACAAGGUCCACGCCCAGUGGCAGCGAGAGGGCUUGGAGAAGCGCUUCAGUCUGGAGGACUUUGGUUUUCUGGUCUUUCACUCCCCGUACUGCAAGCUGGUGCAGAAGUCGUUGGCCAGACUGAUGCUGAACGACUUCCUGAGCCACCCGAGCCCCAACACCGAGACGGGAGCCUUCACCGGCCUCGACGCCUUCAGAGAUGUUCGACCAGAAGAAACCUACUUCGACCGGGAUGUGGAGAAGGCGUUCAUGAAGGCCAGUGCCGAUCUGUUUGAGAGGAAGACCAAGGCCUCGCUGCUGGUCUCCAACCAGAACGGGAACAUGUACACGCCCUCCGUCUACGGCUGCCUGGCCUCUGUCCUUGCACAACACACAGCGUCGCAGAUCGCAGGACAGAGGGUCGGACUUUUCUCCUACGGUUCAGGAUUUGCUGCGACUCUGUAUUCUCUCCGCGUCACACAGGACCACACCCCCGGAUCGACUUUGGACAAACUGGUGUCGAGCCUGAGCGACCUGAAGGUCCGACUGGACUCCAGGAGGAAGGUCUCACCUGCCGUCUUCUCUGAGAACAUGAAGCUGAGGGAGGAGACGCACCACUUGGCCAGCUACGUCCCCCGAGGCUCGGUGGACGACCUGUUCCCGGGGACGUGGUACCUGACGCGAGUGGACGACAAACACCGCAGGGAAUACGCCCGCACGCCUCUGGACCGCGACCUGCCGGCCGAGCCCGAACUGCUCGCUCGCUCCAACGCAACCACAGAGCAGCACGUCCCGAGUCCGGCCAAGAAGAUGCCUCGCAUCCCCGCCAGCGCCAGCGCCACCGCGGCCGUCAGCAACUGAGAGCGUCCGUCUCCAUGGGAACACAGACCAGUCCACUCCAGGUCACAAGAGGUCACCGCCCACUUCAUCAUAAAUUCAACUUCAUUAGCUCGGAGCAGUGCGGAGACGGCCGGACAUCCCAUCAUGCCCCUGCUGGCCACAUGUGACACUGUCGGACAGUAGGAAUUAGUUUUAUUUUAAAGUUGACAUUUUUACACGUUUUGCAUUCGUGCAGAACUGGACAGUUGUUCAUCCGGCCGCGGCUCAGGCAGAUGUUUGUGAGACAAGGGACUUCCUGCUGGCAGCUGGCAGCCGGCGACAGGAAGAGGAAGUGGACUUAGUUAACGUGGCUUCAGGCCUCCUGCUGAUUAACGGGGGGGGCUCCGGCAUCCCAGUGUGAGACAGAGCUCUUACUCCUCCCCCCCCAUGAACACACACACACGGUUUAAUAAAUGUCCAGGUUUAAUAAAACAUCCUCAGUGUUGGUUCUGUUACACCUUGGCUCCUGUGGAGGUCGACCCGGUGGAAGAGAGACCAGAGCGCCCCCUGCAGGCCUCUUCAGUGGUGGACCCCCAGGUGGGCCACAUCCCUGCUGAUCACUCGGGUCUGACUCCGCCCACAGGAGCCUGGAACACAGCAGACAACUCCAGGUUGUCACAGAUCUUAUCUUCUGUCUUUUCUUUGGUUCUGUAGAUUAUAAAAUACAGAAAGUCACUCAGUGAAGCUCGGACCUUUGACGACAGUCAAAUCACAAUCCUUCAUAGAUAUCAGUGCUUUAAAUGUCAGAUUAUUUUUUAUCAAUGUCCAUGAAUUAUUCUUUGAGAAAUCAAGGAAAAUCUCGUUUUACUUUCUUAAAGAAAGAGAAGAAACUUGGAUCAACGAGUUCUUUCUCGACACGUCUUUGUUCCAAAUCUGUUCAGAAGUUUGUUUUCUCAACAGACGGAAUCGAUCUUAGGAAACGGAACCUCUUGUUCUGUCGCUCCAGGAAAUAUAACUGAACUUAAUCGUCAUAUUUGUCUCUAUUUUUUUAAAUGUUUGUCCAGAGCAGGUGAUUGUCUGAAUUACAUGAUUGUUUUGGAUAUGAUUUGCUCUGAAUUAGUCUUUCCAGUUCCAGCACAUGUGUAGUAACAUGUUCAGGCACAGUUCAUAGAUCUGUGUUGAAAUGAGGAAUGUGAAUUCACUAAACUGUUUUGUCUUCUUUGUUCUCGUAAUAAUACGACUUUGUUCUUGAAGUCUGGUCCUGACUCUGGUGUCAUAGACAAAGUGAGUUAGAUGAGACGCGUUGCCAUGGCGACAGCGUCCUCUUCCUGUGACGGUGCUCAGCUGGAGUCUCCUCAGCCGGUUUACAUUCGUCUGAGGAAACAUUAGAUUGUUCUCAUUCACUCACAUGUAGCUGAGGUGUGUCGAAGUCCCGCCCACACAUGCUCUCGACCAAUCAGGAGUCAGCCUUUGUCAAUCAUGAUGUCUCUGCCUGUUUUUAUAUCAUUAAAUUACUGAUUCAAACCAAACAGAAACUUGAACAAACAUCAGAGAGAAGAACGAGCUGAAGUCACAGAAACAUCUUUACAAACAUUUAACAGUUUGGUCCGUGUCCCAUCUGCUAACAUGGAGGAGGUGUAUGAGCUAUACUGUAGCCGGACACCAGGGGGCGAUACAGAUGUUUUGGCUUCAGUACUUGGAGCUGUCAUGUCGUCCAUCUUUCUUUACAGCCUCUGAUUGGCUCCUGUAAGUGGGCGGAGCAGACUCGUUCUCGAGAAGCCUUUCAACACACGAGUAAGAAUCGUAAACAAUCGUAGCUUUUCCUCCAAUAAUGUACAGAAAUCAUGUUAAUGUUCAGAAAUCAUGUUAAUGUUCAGUCCGGCUCGGUCACGUGACCUGAAGCCAUGAUGAUGAUGAACAGAACAAACUGAUCGUCGAUGCUGUUUCACGAUGAAUGAAUGAGGCAGAUGAAUUUUAUCGCUUUGUGCAAAGUGUAGAUUCUGAAUAAAAUAACUUUAAACUUG